CGGAUAAGAGAAAAAGAUGCAAACGCUUCUCAGUCAGCCAUGUAAGUCUCUAUUCACUGCUUCUUCUUCUUCAUCGUCGAUUCGUUGCUCCGGUUAUUCGAGAGACUGUAUCUACUUGAAAGCAUCGGAGAAAACUUCGCAGUCUCAAUUUCAUAGAACCCUAAGCCCCUUUCCGUUUCGUCAUUUCGCUAUUUGUCGCGAUUUUGCUGUCCGGGGAGCUAAUGGGAUCAGAUUUUGCUCGCGAGACGGCAUUUCCGAUGUUCAAAACGGAGGAAUCGUUUCUGAGAAGGAGGAGGAGGAGCUUGAGCUAUUGAACAAGCCCAGCCCUGUACCGAAAUCAGACGGGGACGAGGAGAAGGAGGAUGGAAAAGCAGACGACGACGAGAUCCUGGAGCCGUUUCUGAAAUUCUUCAAACCGGAAGGAGGAGAAGAAGAAGGCGAAUCGGAAGUUUCCGAGGAGAGAAAUAGAGUGAGCGUGGAGUAUUACGACCCUAAACCAGGUGAUUUUGUGAUUGGUGUUGUGGUUUCGGGUAACGAGAACAAGCUCGAUGUGAGUAUUGGUGCGGAUAUGUUGGGAACUAUGUUGACGAAGGAGAUACUUCCUCUGUAUGGUAAAGAAUUGGACUAUUUGCUGUGUGAUUUGAAGUACGAUGCUGAAGAGUUCAUGGUCAAUGGGAAAAUGGGGAUUGUUAAGGAUGAUGAAGAAGACGGUGUUGAGAUUGCGGAAUUUGCACGGAAAGGCAGGCCGGUGGUGGAGAUCGGGACGGUGAUUUUCGCGGAGGUGUUAGGGAGGACGUUGAGUGGAAGGCCUCUGCUUUCUUCUAGACGAUACUUCCGGAGAAUCGCUUGGCACCGAGUGAGGCAGAUCAAGCAACUUAAUGAGCCUAUUGAAGUGAAGAUAACAGAGUGGAAUACAGGAGGGCUUCUCACCCGAAUUGAAGGUUUGAGAGCUUUUAUUCCGAAGCAAGAGCUGGUGAAGAGAGUGAACAGUUUCACCGAGUUGAAGGAAAACGUGGGUCGUAGACUCGUUGUGCAGAUUACGCGAUUGAACGAAGACAAAAACGACUUGAUACUGAGUGAAAAAACAGCCUGGGAGAAGCUGAACCUUCGAGAAGGAACGCUCUUGGAAGGAACAGUUGCCAAAAUCUUACCAUAUGGAGCUCAAGUCAAACUCGGGGAGAGUAGUAGAAGUGGACUGCUACACAUUUCGAACAUAACUCGCAGAAGAAUUGGAUCGGUGAGCGAUGUGCUUCAGGUGGACGAAAGCUUAAAGGUUCUGGUUGUGAAAUCUCUAUUUCCAGACAAGAUCUCUCUCAGUAUUGCAGAUCUCGAAAGCGAACCGGGUUUAUUCAUCACAAACAAAGAGAAAGUAUUUAUGGAGGCUGAAGAGAUGGCAAAGAAGUAUAGAGAAAAGAUGCCUUCGUUGACUACAAGCGAGAUUUCUGAUCGUCCUCCGAUCACAAGCAGUUUUCCUCAGGGCAAGGAUGAAGAAAUCUAUGCUAACUGGGACUGGUUCAAGUUUGAGAGUCAGUGAAAAAAUUACAAAUUCUGAUACAAAAUGUUGUACAAUUCGAUUUUUGUUUUGGAUUAUAUGUUAAGUAAAUGAUUUUGAUCGUUCGUUCUUCUUCAAAAAAA